AUGACGGCACUGAGCGAAGUGAUCGUAGCCUAUAGAGUGAACGUAAGCCAUGGAGUUUUGAAGAUGGCACAGAGCGAAGUGAAUGUAACCAAUGGAGUAUUGGGGAUAUCUCAGAGCGAAGUGAACGUAACCCAUGGAGUAUUGUGGAUGUCACAUAGUGAAGGGAAUGUAACCCAUGGAGUAUUGUGGAUGUCACAUAGUGAAGGGAAUGUAACCUAUGGAGUAUUGAGGAUAUCACAGAGCGAAGUGAACCCAUCCCAUGGAUUAUUGAGGAGAAGUGACCGUAACCCGUGGAGUAUUGAGGAUGUCACAGAGCGAAGGGAACGUAACCCAUGGAGUAUUGAGGAUAUCACAGAGCGAAGUGAACGUAACCCAUGGAGUAUUGAGGAUAUCACAGAGCGAAGUGAACGUAACCCAUGGAGUAUUGAGGAUAUCACAGAGCGAAGUGAACGUAACCCAUGGAGUAUUGAGGAUAUCACAGAGCGAAGUGAACGUAACCAUGGAGUAUUGAGGAGGAGUGACCGUAACCCGUGGAGUAUUGAGGAUAUCACAGAGCGAAGUGAACGUAACCCAUGGAGUAUUGAGGAUAUCACAGAGCGAAGUGAACAGCAAAGUGAACGUAACCCAUGGAGUAUUGAGGAUGUUACAGAGCGAAGUUUACGUAACCCAUGGAGUAUUGAGGAUGUUACAGAGCGAAGGGAACGUAAUCCAUUGAGUAUUAAGGAUGUCACAGAGCGAAGUGAACGUAACUCAUGGAGUAUUGAGGAUAUCACAGAGCGAAGUGAACGUAACCCAUGGAGUAUUGAGGAUAUCACAGAGCGAAGGGAACGUAACCCAUGGAGUAUUGAGGAUGUUACAGAGCGAAGUGAACGUAGCCCGUGGAGUAUUGAGGAUAUAACAGAGCGAAGGGAACGUAACCCAUGGAGUAUUGAGGAUGUCACAGAGCGAAGUGAACGUAACCCAUGGAGUAUUGAGGAUAUCACAGAGCGAAGUGAACGUAACCCAUGGAGUAUUGAGGAUAUCACAGAGCGAAGUGAACGUAACCAUGGAGUAUUGAGGAGAAGUGACCGUAACCCGUGGAGUAUUGAGGAUAUCACAGAGCGAAGUGAACGUAACCCAUGGAGUAUUGAGGAUAUCACAGAGCGAAGUGAACAGCAAAGUGAACGUAACCCAUGGAGUAUUGAGGAUGUAACAGAGCGAAGUUUACGUAACCCAUGGAGUAUUGAGGAUGUUACAGAGCGAAGGGAACGUAAUCCAUUGAGUAUUAAGGAUGUCACAGAGCGAAGUGAACGUAACUCAUGGAGUAUUGAGGAUAUCACAGAGCGAAGUGAACGUAACCCAUGGAGUAUUGAGGAUAUCACAGAGCGAAGGGAACGUAACACAUGGAGUAUUGAGGAUGUUACAGAGCGAAGUGAACGUAGCCCGUGGAGUAUUGAGGAUAUAACAGAGCGAAGGGAACGUAACCCAUGGAGUAUUGAGGAUGUCACAGAGCGAAGUGAACGUAACUCAUGGAGUAUUGAGGAUAUAACAGAGCGAAGUGAACAGCAAAGUGAACGUAACCCAUGGAGUAUUGAGGAUGUUACAGAGCGAAGUUUACGUAACCCAUGGAGUAUUGAGGAUGUUACAGAGCGAAGGGAACGUAAUCCAUUGAGUAUUAAGGAUGUCACAGAGCGAAGUGAACGUAACUCAUGGAGUAUUGAGGAUAUCACAGAGCGAAGUGAACGUAACCCAUGGAGUAUUGAGGAUAUCACAGAGCGAAGGGAACGUAACACAUGGAGUAUUGAGGAUGUUACAGAGCGAAGUGAACGUAGCCCGUGGAGUAUUGAGGAUAUAACAGAGCGAAGGGAACGUAACCCAUGGAGUAUUGAGGAUGUCACAGAGCGAAGUGAACGUAACUCAUGGAGUAUUGAGGAUAUAACAGAGCGAAGUGAACAGCGAAGUGAACGUAGCCCAUGGAGUAUUGAGGAUGUCACAGAGCGAAGUGAACGUAGCCCAUGGAGUAUUGAGGAUGUUACAGAGCGAAGGGAACGUAAUCCAUUGAGUAUUGAGGAUGUCACAGAGCGAAGGGAACGUAGCCCAUGGAGUAUUGAGGAUAUCACAGAGCGAAGUGAACGUAACCCGUGGAGUAUUGAGGAUGUUACAGAGCGAAGUGAACGUAAUUCAUUGAGUAUUGAGGAUGUCACAGAGCGAAGUGAACGUAACUCAUGGAGUAUUGAGGAUAUCACAGAGCGAAGUGAACGUAACCCAUGGAGUAUUGAGGAGCGAAGUGAACGUAAUUAUAGCCCGUGGAGUAUUGAGGAUAUCACAGAGCGAAGGGAACGUAACCCGUGGAGUAUUGAGGAUAUCACAGAGCGAAGGGAACGUAACCCGUGGAGUAUUGAGGAUAUCACAGAGCGAAGUGAACGUAACCCAUGGAGUAUUGAGGAUAUCACAGACCGAAGGGAACGUAACCCAUGGAGUAUUGAGGAUAUCACAGACCGAAGGGAACAGCGAAGUGAACGUAACCCAUGGAGUAUUGAGGAUGUUACAGAGCGAAGGGAACGUAAUCCAUUGAGUAUUGAGGAUGUCACAGAGCGAAGUGAACGUAACUCAUGGAGUAUUGAGGAUAUCACAGAGCGAAGUGAACGUUACCCAUGGAGUAUUGAGGAUAUCACAGAGCGAAGUGAACGUUACCCAUGGAGUAUUGAGGAUGUUACAGAGCGAAGGGAACGUAACCCAUGGAGUAUUGAGGAUAUCACAGAACGAAGGGAACGUAACCCAUGGAGUAUUGAGGAUGUUACAGAGCGAAAUGACCGUAACCCAUUGAGUAUUGAGGAUGUUACAGAGCGAAGGGAACGUUAUCCAUUGAGUAUUGAGGAUGUCACAGAGCGAAGUGAACGUAACUCAUGGAGUAUUGAGGAUAUCACAGAGCGAAGUGAACGUAACCCAUGGAGUAUUGAGGAUAUCACAGAGCGAAGGGGAACGUAA